CCUGAAACCGCUGCCGGACAAUGGCAGAAACCAACAACGCCGACGCGCCUGUGACCGUCGAGGCAACUCUCGAGGUAUGCGGAUGAAGGCAUGAAUGAAAACGCAUCGCCGAUCUGUCUGCCGCCUUGUGCGUGAGUGUUGUGUGUGUCAGGAUCUGCAGGCAGAUCUGAGCCACCUGGAUGACGACGACUGGGAGGUCACCCCGGAGCAGCUGGAGCAGCUCAAGGCCAAGUAUGGCAGUGCGGAACAUCCCCUGUUCAUGCCCGAGGCGCCGCGAGACCUCACUGACUAUCCGCAGCUGCAGGCCAUCCAGCAGCUCAUCUACGAGAAUGAAACGCCAGAGUCACUCGCCGUCCACUUCAAGGUCAGAACAAUCGGAAGAAUGCGACAACGAGUGCAUGUGCGUGUUCUCUCCCUCCCCGCGUGCAGAAGAUGGGCAAUGAGUGUCACCAGGACGGCAAGGCCCACUGGCGCGACGCCAUCGCCCACUAUACUAAGGGCAUCGAGGCAGGCAGCUCCGACAACACGGUCAAUUCGCAGCUGUACUCCAACAGGGCCAUGAUACGACUCAAGCUUGGUAGAGAGCAGCCGCCUUGAUUGUGGAGUGUCAUCGUGUCUGUAAUGAUGUUUGCGUGUGUGAUCAGAUGAGCAUGUGGAGUGUGUUGACGAUGCGCGGAAGGCCAUCGAGCUGGACCCCACAAACGUCAAGGCGUAAGACACACACACACACACAUCCCACUCACAUCCCACUCACUCAUCGCGACAUACAUUGAUGGAUGAGAUGAGCUAUCCUAUCCACUCUCACUCCUUCCUUCCCUUUCCCGUUUCCAUGCAGCUACUUCCGAGCCGCCAAGGCUUCAUACUAUCUGCAUCUCUUCGAGCAGGCCAUCCAGUUCUGCACACAGGGCUUCAACGCCAACUCAUCCUCCGACCCGGACAAGACGGCUGACCUGGCCAAGCUGCGACAAGACAUCGAGCAGAAGUGGUCGGCACUGCGGCAGAAGCGAGAAGAGGAAAGGCGAAAGGAGAGAGAGGACGCGGCGCAGAGGGAGGUGCACAGUGGGCUGGUGGAUGAGGCCAUCAAGGCCAGGGGCAUCCGUGUGGGACCGCUCCUCUAUGACAUGGCGUACCCUGCAGAGGUCAACGCGUGGCUGGCAGGCAAUGGAUGGCGGUCUGCAUCUCAUCUGUCAUGCAUGUGUGUGGCAUUCAUCCAUCAGAUGAAGGUGCGGCUUGAUGAUGAGGGACGACUCCACUGGCCGGCACUAUUCCUGUGUGUACGCCCACGCACACAGAGAGAGAGGACAUGACACUCCCCUCAGCUCUCUCGUGUAAGUCUUCAUUCAGCUAUGACGAGUAUGGUCAGAGUGACUUCGUCAUUGAUAUCAGAGAGGACCAAACACUGAGAGAGCAUCUCGAGGUACACACACCGACACAGAAACAGAGAUGCAGACCACACCACACCGCGACGGCAAACCUCUCCCCCUGUUACCCAUCUGUCAAUGUCAGGUGAUGUUUCCCGGCGACCGGUUCACACAGUGGGACGAGCAGCAUAGGUACGCCGUCGACGCUCUCUCCGUCUUCUACGAGCCGGGCUCAGAUGACGGGGGCAGUCGUGAUGUCCUGCUGGAGGUGUCGCCAUCCCUCACUUUGUUCAACGUCCUCACCAAGGCCGGCAGAGUCCCCAAAAUGCCCGUGUUCCAUAUACUGGUGAGCAAAUGCAUCGGGGUCAUCGACGUGUGUGCAUGUUUGGCCGACUGUGGGCGGCUGGUUUGUCAGGCGGAGGGCUCUGCUGCGUUGGCGACGUUCAGGGAGACGCACGAGAUCAGGCCCUUGUCGUCAACGAAGAAGAGAUGACCUGCU